AUGACAGGUGAGAUGGCUUUUGAAAACAUCACCCUGGACUCGGCUGAAAACACUCCAAACCAGAGCGGUUGUGAUGUGUUAGUCUACCAAAGAGCUGCCGUGGUCCUCUUCCCUAUUUUCUACUCUGUGGUUUUCAUCAUCAGUGCAUGCGGCAACAGCCUGGUUCUCUAUGUGAUCUUCCAGAGGAAGCAGAAGUUCAACUCCACCUCCAUCUAUUUGGUCAAUUUAGCACUAUCUGAUACCUUGUUCACACUGGCGCUCCCUGGCAGAAUUAUUUACUACAUCCGCCACUAUGACUGGCCCUUUGGUGACCUUCUCUGCAGACUGACCACACUGCUCUUCUUUGCAAAUACAUAUGCAGGCAUUGGAUUCAUGACCUGCAUCAGCCUGGAUCGAUUCCUGGCCAUGGUGCAUCCACAUCGGCUGCAGUGUUUGCGCAGCGUGAGGGUGGUCCGCAGGUUCUCCUGCCUGGUCUGGGCUCUGGUAUCCCUGCAGAUAGCUCCUCUGCUGUUCCGCAGCAUGCUGCGUGAGCACCAGGGAAGACGAACCUGCAUGGAGUACUUCAACUUUGACGGCUCCCGCUUCACCCCUUAUGUCCUGCUUCUGGCCUGCGUCAUCUCCUUCUUCUGUCCGCUUAUCAUCAUCAUGGGCUGCUACGCCAAGAUCAACCUGAAGCUGCGAGCCGCAGCCAAGCAGAACUCUGUAACAGGCCGAUCGAGGAGGAAUCACAGGGCCAACACCAUUAUUCUCCUCAUCUUCCUCACCUUUAUCACAUGCUUCAGCCCUUACCACCUCAAUGUCAUACAGUUUAUGUCCAGAAAGAUACACCACCAUGUGACCUGCGAGGAACUGAGGGCCUUUAAAGUCUCCUUACAAAUCACUGUGUCACUCAUGAACUUUAAUUGCUGCUUGGACCCAGUCAUCUACUUCUUUGCCAUUAAGACCUACAAGAAGCGGGUGCUGAGCCUGUUUAAGGACUAUCUGUAUACUUCUGGUGCCUCCUCCAAAAUGACAGCUGAGAACAGCAGCAGCAACACCUGA